UUCGGCUGUGGCAGCGUUACCGAGACAGUGCUUACUGUUCAUGUCUCCUCGUCGAGAUAAAAUGCAAAGCCUGAGGUGAAGUUUCAGUCAACCUAACGUUGGGGUCAGUGCACUUUGCUAUACAACAGCUGCAAGUAUCUCAAGUAUUUGGCUAUACCUGGCUCAGACGAAUAACGACCAUGUCCCAGACCGCUCCUCCGAUCCUCUCUGUCGUCCCCUCUCGGGCUCUGGUCGACGAGGAGUUCAAGGUGGUGGUGGAGAACCUGCCUCCAGGAUCACCUGUCACACUUCACUCCCUCCACCACUCCGAGGAUAAGAACUACUGGGAGGCCUACGGGCACUACAUCAGCGAUCACAGAGGAAUGGUGUCUGUUGCAGAGGAUUUGAGUUUAGGGGGCACGUACACAGGGAAAGAAGCCAUGGGUCUGUUGUGGAGUAUGCGCACUGUCCCAGGCAGCCGCGAAGGCCUCAGGUUAAGGAAGAGGGACGUCUGCAGCCCCAUGGUGGUCAACAUCUCAGUGCACGAUGGUCACAUAGCCGAGGGCUUCAGGGAGCAGCCUCCUCUGACCUCGGUGCUCGUAGAGAGGUGGUACAUUUCUCCAGGAGUCCAGAGGAUCGAUAUCAGAGAGAAAGGACUGCAAGGGACCCUCUUUAUACCUCCAGGUCCAGGACCCUUCCCUGGGCUGCUGGAUAUCUGGGGGGGCAGUGGAGGGCUGUCUGAGUAUCGUUCUUCCUUGCUGGCGUCUCAUGGUUUUGCUUCUUUGACGCUGAAGUACUUAUCCCCUGAUGGGCAGGACUUAACAGGUCUAGAGUUCAGCUAUUUUGAGACGGCCUUUAACAUCCUCAGGGACCACCCUCAAGUGAUCCCAGACAGAAUCGGAAUUUUUGGUCUUUCCCUUGGCUCGAUUUUGACCAUAUUUUUCGCAGCUGAGAGCACCGUUAUCAAGCCUUUUUGUUGUGUCUGCAUCAGCGGGGUCCACCUUUCUCCACCUGGAAACAGCAUCAAAGGAUUGGGUCAAGGGUUGGUCAGGCAUCCUGAAAAGAUCCGUAUGGAUGAGAACAACCAUCUUAUAUGGCGAGACAUGGCUCAAGUACUUCUACAAGAUCCCUCAAACGAAGUGGAUGUGGGGAAAAUAAACUGUCCCAUGCUGCUGGUCAACGGCCAUGAUGAUCAGAACUUGCCCGCAGUGGAGAGUGCUGAAAAGAUUGCCCAGAAGAUGAAUGCAGCAGGGAAGGGCCACCUGCUGACCCGACUGGAGUACCCCGGUACUGGACAUCUGAUAGAGCCGCCUUUCUCACCCCACUUCAGGGCUACUAAUUUAACAAUAGAUCUAAAAAAAACCAGAGCAAUACUGCUGUGGGGAGGACAAACCAAACCCCACUCAGACGCUCAGGAAGACUCCUGGAGGAAGAUCUUAGCGUUUCUACAUCAUCACCUGUACUCCAGCUGGACUCCCAAAGCCAGGAUGUGAAUGAUUACAUCCGUAGAAAUAUCCCAGGAGUCACUGCUGGAGAACAGAUUGUUGUGAGAUAAUUUUGUGUAAUCUACCACAUGGUGUACUGGGUCCUGAUUGCAUUGACCCGGAGUUUCAUUGUUUUGUGUCAUUGUUCAGUUUUUAGUUUGAAUAUCUGCAAGCUUCAGCUUUGAAGGUGUUGCUACAUGUAACAGCAAUAUUAAUGCAAGAUCAUGUCAGAAAACUGUGGAUGCUGAAAUCGUUUACAGCAAGUGCAGAAAAAUGCCAAAAGAACAAAGAACAGAUUGUGCUUGGGUUGAUUAAAUUAGCUUAUUAUACAAUAAGCCUAGGAGAGCAGUAUUGGUAGUUUAGCGAAAGCUAGCAUUGAAUGUCUGACCAUAUUAUAGUUUGUAUAGUUCUUUGAUUUGUUGUGUUGAAUUUAAUGUUCAGACAUUUGGCUUCCUUUGUUAUCUGAAAAAGGGCCUUUUGUAGAAGUAUUGUUUUGGUAUUGGAACCAAAAUUAUCAUCGUAUUGUAUGUACAGACAAAAUGUCAAACUAUACGCAGCCUUACUCAGAAGAUUAGCUGCUAAUGGUAGCUAACUUUUAAACCACCAUUUUUCUGUUUUCUUACAAAAACAGAUAAUUAAUUCACUGUAACAGUUUAAGGAUGAAUACAGCUAUAGUUUUGUUAGCUAGCACAGCUGGCUAACUGACCGCAAAGGCUGUCAGAACAGUGACGUUUUAGAUAUCCUGACCUGCUAGCAACACAUGCUAGCGACACAGACCUGCAAGUUGUACUUCAGAUGUAGCUUAUCCGAGUUGUUCCCAACACAUGAGACGGGGGCGUUGAUUCAGAGCUGAGGUAAUGACAGGUGUUACUUAAAGAAAAGUAUUGUUUAAGCUCUUUGUAGCUGCUGUUGUUCUGUUGCCAGUGUGCAAAGAGUGGAUGUUGUGAUUAAGAUUCAUAUUCUUCAGAAUUGAUGGACCAGAUACUGACUGUGUUUUCUAGCCUGAUUAUACUCCUAAUUAAUUAUAAUGAACUAACAUGUAUGAGUGCAGCUUUUCAGUUUACAAGCAGAAACAUUUUAUGAAAUUAACUGCAAAUAAAAUGGAAAU